AUGGCUGCCGCAACGAAGCUGAACCCGGCCGCGCCCCCGUUCCCGUUCCCCUACGCGCUCCACCUCGCCCCGUCGGCGCCGCCGCCGUUCCCGCUCGCUGACGCCGCCUGCCCUCCGCAGUUCCCCUGCGUCACCUACUGCUGCGUCGCGGCCCCUCCCGCCGGCCACAUCGGCUUCUGCUUCCCCGUCCAGCCGCCGCCGCCUCCUCAGCCGGCCGUCUGCAAGGGCGGCGUCCCCGCGGCAACGCACGGCCGGCCGCCGCACAAGCUCAUGGCGGCGUUCUCCGGCCUCGGCGGCGCGGGGAAGCGGCAGGCCGCGGCCGUCAAGCCGUGGAAGGAACCUGCGCGCGCCGCCGUGCCUGCCCUGGUGCCGGCCGCGCCGCGCAAGCCGUGGGUGCCGCGGCGGAAGGCGGAGAGGAGCGCGGCCAAGGCCAAGGCGCCGCGGCCCAGGAAGGCGGUCGGCCCGCGCGCGCGCAAAGCCGCGCAAGCGCAGCGGGAGGGUUCGCCGCGUACGUACACGACCAGGGGGCAGCAGUGCUGGGUGCCCCGGCCGAAGCCGGAGCUCGUGCUCGGCUGGAGCACCACCACCAUCAUGCUCCGCAACAUCCCCAACAAGCUCAGGAGCAGCGACAUGAUCUCCUUGCUCGACCAGCACUGCAAGCGCGUGAACAAGGACGCCGGCGCCGUCGUCUCCGCGUACGACGUCCUCUACCUGCCGAUGGAUUUCAGGCGGGGGUGCAACUUCGGCUACGCCUUCGUCAACCUCACCUCGCCGGAGGCGGCGCACCGGCUCUACCGCUCCUUGGAGGGGCGCGGCUGGACCGUGCCCGGCUCCAAGAAGGUCAUCCGCAUCGACCCGGCCAAGAUCCAGGGCAAGGAGCCGCUGGUGCGCCACCUCCAGCGGAUGAAGCUGCAGUGCGCCGACGAGGAGUUCCUCCCGGCCGCCUUCUCGCCGCCGCGCGACGGGGUCACCGCCGGCACCACCGUCCGGCGCCUCGGCAGGCUCGCCCGGCGCCCGACCACGACGACGACGACGUGCGCAGCGGCGCCGGCCCCCAAGGAUAGCUAG